CCUCAUGACAGCCCAAGAUGGCCCCAAGACGCCCCCUCCGUAGCCAUGUUGGCUCAAGCCAUUUUGGCUCAAGCCAUUUUGGUUCAAGCUUUGCUAUUGUUCCAAUCGUCCUUGGCUCAAAUUGCCGCAGCUCUUAAGCACAUCUGGCUGAAGCCAUUCAGGGCGACACCAUCUUCCCGAGUCAGUGUGACUUGUAUUCUAGCUGCGUUGAAUCAUGCAAUUCCGAGAGUCGUCUUAAGAUUCUAUGUCAUUGCGGAGGCAUAUCGUUGUUGGUUGCAGGCAUGCGCCGUGUUUCAACAUACGAUCGCUAGUUCUGCCUGCAUCGCGUUUUGAUGGCAUUGUGAAUGGUAGUGCAGGGCGCGCUGAUGUUUACGAGGGUGCACCUUUCGCGAACAUGAAUGCGAAGCUGCGUGGCGAUCUGUUCACCGGCAUUGUGCGCACGUCUGAGUUAAUUGGGGAGAAGGGUGCACACGUAACUGAUGCGGAGCCUGGCAUGCGUUGCGACGGGAGGCGACGAGCGGCGAGCACAGCUGAGUAUGAUUGGCUUUGUAAUGGGCGAAGGGUUGAAUGUAAAAGUUCAAUGUUCACUUGGGUCGGAGGUGCAAGAAGAUGGAGUUUUCGAUUUCAAUCCGUCAAGUUUCGUUCCUUUGACAUUCUACUCCUAGUGCUGUACACGCCUUUGGAGCUGAUCGUGUACCAGCACGACCUUAGCUUGGGAAUUUCCUCAUCUGGCGCACGCACCGAGACAGAGGGAUGCCACAUUUGCUUUUACGGUCCUGGGGGAGUGGGCGACUGGCGCGUCGCGCUAAAAUCUGUCCUUGGUAGACUGGAUGCUCCGAGUAACCAAUGCAGACAAGUGGCACGAUUCUCACUCCACCACGCGAGCGUGGUCCGGGCCUUAUCUAAUUUUAGGCAAACUCCUUAUGCCGUGCGAAUGGACGAAGCAUAUCACGACGUGCCUCUUGCAAGUCUGGCUGGUGCAGUGCGAGGCGAACGGAUACAAGCCAUUGCUCGACUGGUCGACACUAUUUUGAAUAUGGGGUCGCUUGUGAUGGAUCCAGUCGUGGGUGCUCGUUCUAACGGGGCUCGUCGGAGUCUUCGACAGGCAGAAUAUGAUUGGAGCCGGGACGGCCGACGAAUUGAAUGCAAGAGUUCUCAACUUGUUUGGGAUCCACGUAAACGUGUCUGGAGUGUCACGUUUCGCAACAUCAAGCCUGCCUCGUUCGAUGAUCUCGUGCUUUGUAUAUACACCCCACAUGGUAUAUUCCUUUAUCGGCAUGGCGGAAAUUUCGUCCUGUCUUCCAUUGGCGUUCGAAGUGAAAUAUGGGCACGCGGGUAUAGUGUUUCUGUUAGUGGAGGACGCCACAAGCAGGAUUGGUCCAUUGCGCUCGAUUCAGUAUUGAAGAAGGUGGAGCAACUAUCAUGCGAGUACGUUGCAUCCGUGGAGUGGUGAAAUGGGGCGGGGAACACUGCAUGAGUCUACGCUUUGCACGUACAUGCGGGUUCCCAGCACGACAGUCACAACAUUGCUUAUCCAAUGCUGCGUCAGCGGCCUGCCGGGUGUCGGCCUGGUCGUCCUGGUCGGCCUGGUAUUGGAUCUGUUGCUGGAAUGUUCAAAAGUUGCUGGAAUUUCAUCCGCGUAGCUUGGUGGCCCCCCCCCGACAAAAAAAAAGAUGGCCCCAAGACGCCCCCC